AUGUGGCUGGCUCUAGCUCUGCUGUCCGUGCUCCACGGGAUGGCAGCCGGGGAAUGCUUCUUGAAUUCCCCAUUCCCCAAGAACCAGAGGCAACGAUGAACAUUAGUGAAAUGGUCUCCUUCUGGGGGUACCCCAGCGAGGAGUAUGACGUGGUGACAGAAGAUGGCUACAUCCUUCAGCUGAACAGAAUUCCUCAUGGCAGAGGAAAUUAUGGGUGCCAAGGUGUGAGGCCCGUGGCACUUCUGCAGCAUGGUCUCCUUACAGAAGGCAGCAUCUGGCUCACCAACUUGGCCAACAGCAGCCUGGGCUUCAUCCUGGCAGAUGCUGGCUACGACGUCUGGAUAGGAAACAGCAGAGGGAACACCUGGUCCAGGAGGCACCAGGUCCUGACCACCACACAGGAUGAAUUCUGGGCUUUCAGCUUUGAUGAGAUGGCUAAAUACGAUCUGCCAGCCAUGAUCAGCUUUAUUGAGCAGAAAACAGGACAGAAACAGCUCUAUUAUAUUGGCCAUUCCCAAGGCACCACCAUAGGUUUUAUAGCCUUUUCCACUAUGCCCGAGCUGGCUCAGAAAAUCAAGGUGUUCUUUGCUCUUUCACCUGUGACCACGGUGAUAUUUUCUCAGAGCCCAUUUAGAAAACUCUCAGUCUUUUCUGACUCUGGGCUUAAGGAGCUGUUUGGCACCAGGGAGUUCCUGCCCCACACUGCCCUGGGGGAGGUGGUCCUCUCCAGGUUCUGCUCCUGCUCCAAGGUCUGCAAGCACAUCCUGGCUACAAUUUUUGGGUUUAACUGGAAGAACACAAACAUGAGCCGGUUCGAUGUGUACAUGGGGCACACCCCGGCGGGCUCCUCAGUGCAGAACAUCAUCCACUGGCUGCAGGGAGUCCACGGUGGGGCACUGAGAGCUUUUGAUGGGGGGCACAUGUACAACAGCCUUCAUUACCAACAGACCGGGGCCCCAUUCUACGACGUGCAGGACAUGGAGGUGCCCACAGCCGUCUGGAACGCGGGCCAGGACUGCAUGGCCGACCCGCGGGACACGGCGCUCCUGCUGCCCCAGGUCAGGAACCUGGUGCACCACAAGCUCAUCCCCCACUGGAACCACAUGGAUUUCGUGCUGGGCCUCGACGCCACCGACAUUCUGUACCGCGAAAUCCUGGACAUCAUGAAGAAGCACCCCUAA